GAGCGUGUGCUCAUUAUCUCUGCAAAAUUAUUUCUGAAGGGGAUGGCAGGGGGUGGAGGUUGCCUUUGGGGUGUCGAAGCGGGUCCCAUGAAUUGGGGAUUGCGCUGUGUACAGUUGGCAGCCAAAGUUUGCAGAGCGCAGGCUGGAAAGUUCGCUGGAGAGGCGACCCGUGAUCCCAAGUUCUUGUGUCACAUUACCUACGGAUUUCCAGUGCAAACAUGCGGACUCGAGACUUCUGUGCUGUUUCGUGCGUGUUUUGACUGAAUUUCUCCCUGUCCUUGAAAAGAUAACAGUUAACGGUUUGCUGUCUUCGCUGCACGCUGUCGUUUCAAUGGACCUAUAACUCAGUGAGUAACUUAGACUAAAAUUGAUUGUAUGAUUUCCUGACAUGCCGAUAAGUGUGGACAGCGUGACUUAACUGUUGACAUUAUGCCAUGUAGCCUACUCCUGGGUGUUUAAAAACAAUGAACUCCCCCCGUGACAAGGAACUUGCACCCUUAUCUCGGAAACACCGACUCAUGGCUGCAGCUAUGCCCGGUGAGGACAGCCCAUUGCCCGGUAACACUUCCAGGAGUGAUCGCAAUGGAUUAGGGGGGCUGGUUCACUGCUUCAUAUGUGGAAGCGGAGUUACACCCGGGAAGGAAUUGAGGUUACAGGUGACAUACCAGAAAGAGAGGGUUCCGUUUUUCCCGUUUCUACAAAAUCAGGAGCCAGCCCCGGGUGCGUGUGAAGUGAGCCCGGAUGGACAUACGCUGGUGUGCGCCGUGUGCCACUGCUUUCUGACGGAGCAGUGGAACUCCUUCGAGCGGAGCAGGACGCCCAUUGAGAAGCGCAUGUACUGGUUGAAACGGCCCUACCAGUGCGACUCUCGGCGGGUCCCGCAGGAGUGGAACAUCUCUUAUGAUCUGGAGAGGAGAAUCAGUGUGAGCAGCCAGAACUACGACGGGGGCGCAGAGUCUGAUUUCUCGUCUUUUUCUGAAAACGAGAACAUGUCAGACCAGGAGAUGGAUUUGGUCGACAGAGCCGUUGUGGGCAAAGACAAGUGCCUGAGAGCAUCUGGCAAAUCGCCAAGAGACAGUGGCAGGAAAAACAAUGUCAUCAGUGUUAAAAACAGCCCAGAUUCACAGCGGGCAAUCCGUUACCCGGUGGGUGUUUAUGGGGCGCAGGGAUCACCAAAAGCGGAGAGUGUUCUGCCGGCGAGGCGCGGGGCUAAAAUUAUGAAUAAUGUCUGUCAGUCAUCAGAAUCUCUGACAAAGUCCCAGGAGAGAUUCCCUCAGCGAUGCUAUGAUAGUCCUCUCUCUGACACACCUGUGCAGGACAACGGGGUCAUUAUGCGCAACAGGCGAUGGCUGGAGGAGGGGAAUGUCAGACAUGCGGAGCUGCGUCACAUUCAGCGUGUUGCCGACAGCAGCUGUUCUUCGUCCAGACAUCCAUCGCUGCUGUACCGAGGAAGAGGCGAGGGUCACCCCAACACUCCACUGUCAUCUGGUGGCACCGCUGCUGUCACCACUAAAUGUAACAUAGCUGGUUCCAGGGAGCCUAACUCUGACAACUCUGAUGAAGAUGAGAUUAACAUUACAAGUGAUGAUGACAUAGACACGUAUGACCGCAAAACAGGCCCAAGAACCCUGCUUAGAGCUGCCAGAGACCUUUCAUCAAGAAAGAGUGCCCAGGCGCUUCACAUUGUGGAUACCUGUUCGGAGGAGAGUGUUUGCUAUAUUUGUGGCACUGGGCUCAGACGUGAUGGACAUUUUAAAGUCAGUGUUCAGAAACAGGAGCGGAAGCAGGGCGAGCCCUUCUUUCCCUUCCUGUGGCUUCACUCCCCUCCUCCGGGUGCAGUGCCUAUCAGUCCAGCAGGUACAACUCUGGUGUGUGGCAGCUGCCACACCUCCCUAAUGCAGCAGUGGCAGAGCUUUCAGCUGGCGGAUGUGCCUGUCCUCCAGCGCCUGUAUGUAGUCCCUCUCAACCAAGCCAACAGUGCUAUCCAUCCUUCCCAGCUAACUCCCCAGGAGGGGAAACACCCAGAGCCUAUGGAGUCCAUAACUGAUCCCGGAUCUUCCAAUAAGGCCUGUUUUCUUUGUGGGCAGGAGUGUGGAGGAGAUAUGAGAGUGGCAUAUGCACAGGCUGGUGUUGGCAAAUCCCGUGGUGCAAUGUAUUUUCCCUUCAUCAACACGUUGCCUUGCCCACCUAAUGCCCAAGGGGUGAGGAAUGGCCGUGUACACUGCUGCCCACAGUGCCAUUUUAUCCUGGAGGAGAUCUGGGGUGCGUAUCGACUCAGCCUCAGUGAGGACCUUAUCACCUCUGUCAGCUCCUUCCUGGUCAGGUACCACGCUGCCAUGGCCAUUGAGGGGUCUGGAUCAACCCAUUCCCAGACAGGUGUGGACUCUCGUCCCGGCAGCUCCAUGUCGGUGUGUUACCUGUGUGGAGCAGACCUGUCUGCAGGUAGAGAGUACCAGCUGCAUGUCAACCCACCUGGGCGUUGUGGGGAGAGGGAGCCAUUCUUCCCCUUUCUCACAGUCCACCCUCCUGCUCCCCGUGCCAAGCCAGUUGACGCCACAGGCCUGGUGUCAGCUUGUAACCUGUGCUACCAUGAUCUACACACCCAGUGGGCCCAACAUGAGAGCAAGGGCCUGGGUCCCUCCACCCCUUCUACCUCUAGUUUAUCCAGUGCCAACCCCCAGCCACCCAGCUCCCCUUGGGCCCGCCAGUACAGCUGUGAGGUUUUUGUGUGUUUCUUCUGCAGGCAGGAGCAGCGCAGGCUUGGUAGACUGUGCACUGUUACUGUGGCCAGACUACCCGUUUUCCUUUAUGCACCUCGGAGCACACGUACGCUCCUGGUGGAUGACGGGAGGAGGUUGGUGAUUGGCUCCUGUGUGGAAUGUAAGGCCAUGGUGCAGGUGGGACAGAGCAUGCAGCAGGACAGGAAUAGGCAUGGAGCCUCAGACGGGGAGAGGAAAGAACCAGUAUCAACCUCGCCACAGUUCAGACAUAAGGCGUGUACUGUGAUUGAGAGUGCGGCCGGAGCCAGUAAGGAGGUGGACUCUGGCCCUUUGCAACCUGCAGGUGACCACACUCCUCACCCAGUGACCUUGGAGCCAGAGAAAGCUGACAGAGCUGAACUCCCACUUUCCAGAAGUAGUAAGACCCCUGGAGUGAAUGAGAUGAGGUCUGAGGCGGCACUAACGCUCAAAUCGAAGUGA